AUGUCUUCGUCUACAAACCUUGCUUUUCAAAAUUCGCCUUCAUUGAAACAAGUAUCAAAUUCGCCUUCAUUCCGCCUGCCUUCACCUAGAACAAUUCCUCAAAUGCCUUCUAGUAAUUCCCUUCGUAAUAGCAAUAAUGGCACUCCAGGUAGUAAUGAUCUAGAAAAUGCUUAUGAUGAACAAAUUUCACAAUUGAAUAGUUUCUCAAGUAAAAAAAAUCUAGAUUUGAAAACUAUCGGGAAACAUUUAAUAAAUCAAGAAGAUAGUUUGAAAACUCAAGGGGGUGAUAUAACUAGAAGAUUAUAUCAUCAAAUGGAAAAUGUCAACGAUGGAAGUAGUAUAAAAGGAACUUCCGGAGUACAAGAUCCAAGAAGAUUAAGAACAAGAAGUGCCUCAUUCUCAAGUUAUCUUGAAGAAACAAGAAGAGGUUCUACAGCAAGUGAUAUAAAUAUUCCUGGUGGAUUUAGAAGGGAAUUUUUAAUUAACAAAGCAUUGAAGAAAAAUGAAACUCCACCUAAUUUUUUGACCCAAAAUUUUAUGGAAUUCUUAAGUAUAUAUGGUCAUUUUGCGGGUGAAGAUUUUAAUGAUGAGGAUGAAGAAGAUGAAGAAGGUUCAGCUAGUCAUAGUGAUGAUUAUGACGAUGAUGUAUUUGAUGAAGAAAGUAGUUUGUUAACGCACGAUAGAAGACCUAAUUUGCCUAAACAAUUACCCAAAAGAAAACAUGAACCUCAACCAAAGGGAACCGCGUCAGUUGCUAAAACUUUCUUUUUAUUAUUUAAAGCUCUUGUUGGAUCAGGUGUAUUGUUUUUACCAAGAGCAUUUUAUAAUGGUGGGUUAUUAUUUUCGAUAGUUACAUUGAGUUUAUUUGGGGCAUUGACUUUCUUCUGUUACAUUGGUUUAAUUGAUUCAAAAAACACUCUCAAAUUGUCGUCUUUUGGUGAAUUGGGAUAUAAAACAUAUGGUAAACCAUUGAAAUAUUCUAUUCUUGUUUCUAUCCUUUUAUCUCAAGUUGGUUUUGUUGCCACUUAUAUCUUGUUCACUUCAGAGAAUAUGAUUGCCUUUUUGCAGCAAUUUUUAGGCACUACUCCAGAAUGGUUGAAUCGAGCAAACUUGGUAAUUAUUCAAUGCAUUUUGUUAAUUCCGUUGGUUCUUAUUAGAAAUUUAACUAAAUUAUCCAUGGUGUCUUUAAUUUCAUCGUUGUUUAUUGUUAUUGGAUUAUUAAUUAUUUUCUAUUUCUCAGGACUCAAUUUGUUUACUAAUGGUAUCGGACCAAAUAUUUCAAAUUUCAAUCCAAAUAGUUGGACAAUGUUAAUUGGUGUUGCAGUUACGUCAUUUGAAGGUAUUGGUUUAAUUUUACCUAUUGAAUCUUCAAUGUCCCAUCCUGAAAAAUUCCCAAUGGUAUUAUCCAUCAGUAUGUUUUUCAUAACUGUGAUUUUUGUUGCCAUUGGUACCAUUGGAUAUAUGUCUUUUGGAGAUCAAAUUAAAUCAAUUAUUAUUUUGAACUUACCGCAAGAUAACAUUUUUGUUAAAUCAAUUCUUGUGUUGUAUUCAGUGGCUGUUUUCUUAACUGCACCACUUCAAUUGUUCCCAGCUAUUAAAAUCGGGGAAUCUUUGAUAUUCAAUAGAAGAUCACGUAAAAAGACAACUGCUGGUGAUGAAGAUGAUGCCGGUAAAUUAUAUCAUCAUUCAGGUAAGUUUAAUCCAAUUGUCAAAUGGUUAAAGAAUGGUUUCCGUUCGGUUUCUGUAAUAUUAAUUUGUGCUAUUGCUUACUUGAAUGCGGAUAAUAUUGAUAAAUUUGUUUCAUUUAAUGGUUGUUUUGCAUGUAUUCCAUUAGUUUAUAUUUAUCCGCCAAUGAUUCAUUUGAAAACAGCAACAAAGAAAAGUUGGUUUACAGUUGCUGAUUAUUUCUUGAUCGUGGUCGGUAUAAUCACCGUUAUUUAUUCAAGUUAUCAAAUUAUUUUCUUAAAUUAG